UUUUUUUAUAGGUUAUAUUUAUGUAUGUAUAUAUGAUAGUUUUUGUAUUUAUUUUUAUUACUUAAUUUUAUGGGUUAUUUGAUAAAUUGAAAAUCUAUUAAAAAUAGUGAAGAGAGUUGGUGAAAAAACGUUGUUGAGAAGUGGCCGGAAAAGUGACCGGAAAAGUGAUCGGAGGGUGAUGCCGUCGGUGGAGAUGAGAAGGACGACAAGGGUUUUUGGUGCUAGGGUUUUAAGGUCAGGUAGAAGGUUGUUUCCUUGUGAAGAAAGUAAAGUGAUUAAGCAUAUGAGAAAGCCUAGUUUAGCUGUGGGUGAUGAUUGGAUCGAGCUGCUUCGUGGUGGUGGCGGCGACGGAAGAGGAUGGCGAAAGUCGAAUGGAGGGAAGAAAGGUGUUGAUGUUGUGUUGGAUGUUGUUGAUGGUGGAGUGGCAUUUAAGGAUUUUAAGUUAGAGGAAUCGAAGGAAUUCGAUUCGGUUGAGGGUGUUGGGGAGGAUUGUGGGGCGGAAAAUAGGCGGUGGGGAGUUGUGUAUACGAGGAAACGAAAGAGGAGUGAGCUAACGAAUUGUGAUGAUGUGGAUGCGAAAUUCGGGAAAAAGUUUUUUAGGCAGCAAUCUAGGAAGGUGGUUGGGAUGGAAGAGUUGCAACCAUCCAUUUUGGAACCGGAUGUUAAGGUUGAGCCUAGUGCGGUUCCAAGGCGUAGAGGUAGGAAAAAGAAAGUUGUAACAGAAGGUUUGGUACGGAAUGUGAUGACUGAGCCUAGUGUAGGUCCAAAAACUAGAGGUAGGAAAAAGAAGGAAAUGAGGGUUGUGGCUCCUAGACUGACUCGGUUAAGUUCUUCAAGUUUGCCUCCAAGAACUUGUGUUGCUAUGCACCGUGGUCUACAAAAGAGGCGGAGCUCUUUGAGGUCAAGAAAGCAUAUUGGUCCUUCAACUUUUGGACACUUGAAGUCGGGUGGGAGAGUUGUGCAGGAUGGUGUUCCGUUUUUUCCGAUUAAGUCAAACCUUGAUAUUAGUAGUUCACUUCGAAGAGCUAGUUUUCAAGAAUACAAAAAAUUAAGGCGAGAUACAGGCUCAGAGAGUUGCAAUGCAAGUAUCUUGGUAAUGGAAGCAGACAGGUGUUAUAGAGAAGUAGGAGCUGUUAUUACGAUGGAGAUGUCGCCUCCUAAUCAGUGGUUUCUUGUGGUUAAAAGAAACGGGGUUGAGAGGUAUCGUGUUGAAGCCCGAAAUGUAAUGAGACCCUAUGCUUCCAAUCGUGUAACUCAUGCCAUAAUUUGGACUGGAAGUGAUGAGAGUUGGAAGCUUGAGUUUCCAAAUAGGAAAGACUGGUCUGUUUUCAAGGAACUAUACAGAAGUUGUUCUGAACGAAGCGUGCAAGUGAAGUCAUCUGUAGAGAGUAUAAUACCCGUUCCUCGUGUGAAUGAAGUAGUGGGGUAUGCAGAGGAGAAGCAUGUACCAUUUAAGAUGCCCGAUUCAUAUAUCAGCUCAAGAGGCGAUGAAGUUUCCAGAGUGUUGGAGAAGAGUGAUCCGGUUUAUGACAUGGAUUCUGGUGAUGAUGAGUGGCUGAACAAACUCAACGAUGUGCAGAAUACACGGGUAGAUGAUGCUACUUUUGAGAAAAUAAUUGAUGCUUUUGAAAGAGGGAUCUAUGUCAGUCCAGAGGAUUAUUCUGAUAUUACAUUGGCUGUUGAUCGAUGUUCUAUGCUGGCAGCAAAGGAAGCUUUGGAAGCUAUCUAUAAUUAUUGGAUGGCUAAACGGAAGAAGAAGCAAUCAGCUCUUGUUCGGGUGUUUCAGUCUUACAAACCAAAAAACCCUGAACAACUUAAUAUUAAAGCGGUCUUGCGUAAGAAGAGAUCAUUUAGACAACGCGUGAGCCAAGCAGGAAGGGGAAAGCAGCUGACUUUUCUGAAAGUUGAAGAGGAAGGAAAUGCCAUCAUUAGAGUUCAAGAGGCCGAAGCAGCUGCAGAGAGGGCUAAACAGGUGGCAAUUGUGAAGCGUCAAAGAGCUCAGCUAUUAAUGGAGGUCGCAGACUUACUAACUUACAAGGCGGCCAUGGCACUUCAAAUUGCAGAAGCUCGAUUAUUAUCUGGAUCAGUAGAUGAUACUAUUGAUGAAAUUUUUUGUCCAGUGAAUAGCUCGGGUUCUACUUGAUGUUUUGAUUUUUACCAACUAAAAGGUGGUCCUUUUUAUAUCGAUAUGAGAGGAAGAGUGAUGCAAGCCUUAUGACCGGUUUUUUACUAGUGGUGUUGGAAGCUUUUGCAUGUUGACCAUGAAAGCUGGUAGUACUGUAAUUGUUGUACAGAUCUUGAUUGCAUGUACAUUCUACAUCAUUAGUACCUUCUUACAAACCAAAUGCUAUAUAAUCGGAGUUUCAGUUUA